CCUUUUGGGUUGUGUGUGGGACUUGGAAGGUUUUAGUUUUGGUUAAAGGUACCAGAAAUGGCUUCUCAUGGUUUAAGCUUAGGAUUAGCAACAACUUACAUUUCCUCAAAAACCCAACUAGAAUUUGGCUUCAAAUCCAAACCCCUUUUGUUGGCUUCACGAGCUUUAAGAAAAUCCAACAGGGUUUCUUUGUCGGUACGUGCAAUGGGGUCCUCAGCUUCUUCACAGAAACCUGAGCGCAUUCAAGAGGCAGGAAGCAUCGACUAUAAAUCUGUAAGUGAUGAAGAAUGGAAGAAGCGACUCUCAGGGGAACAAUUUUAUGUUGCUCGUCAAAAGGGAACGGAGAGGGCUUUCACUGGGGAAUAUUGGAACAAGAAAACCCCUGGAAUUUACCAUUGCAUAUGUUGCGACACACCUUUAUUCGAAUCAUCUACAAAAUUUGAUAGUGGAACUGGUUGGCCUUCUUAUUACCAGCCUAUUGGAAACAAUGUCACCUCAAAGUUAGACUUGUCGAUUAUUUUCAUGCCGCGCCAGGAAGUUACUUGUGCUGUUUGUGAUGCCCAUCUUGGUCAUGUCUUUGAUGAUGGUCCACCUCCCACAGGAAAGCGUUAUUGUAUCAAUAGUGUUUCCCUGAAACUAAAACCGAAGCAGUAGACGAACAAGCAAGAACACCAGAAGGAUAUGAUUGCUUGAGUUGGACGUUACACUUGGUGUCUGAUAAAAUAUAAAAUGUGAAAAUAAUUUACAGAACUGUGAAAUGGUGGCCUUUGGUAUAGCAUGUUCCUAAAUGCAACAACAUUGUCUAUUUUUGAAAGCUUAUUGGAUGUACAUGCUUAGUUAAGUAUAAAUUCUCAAGUGUUGUAAAAAAAAAACUACAGUAAAUCUAAUAUAGUUUUUUUAACUGUCUA